ACAAUCGAUACGUAUGUUGUCAACAUUGUGUGCCAUCUCUAUUGAUGACCACCGUUCAGCAACUUCCUGAAAAAUCUCCAAGGAAACCAUCAAAAAACCCCAUAAAAUGGACGGCAAGGACAAUCGAUCGAAAGAAAAACGGCAUAAGAUGAAAACGUUCUAUCGCAACAAGAGCAAGUACUGCAAAACAUCUUCCAGUUCGGAAAAACAUGAUCCAAUUAGAGGCUACGUUGAUGUGGUGGACUCCAGUGAUGAACGUUUUGUGGAUCGCAAUGAGUGGGUCAAGGGUCGUGGCCAACGAGUAGCUACCCAAAUGGAGUAUACCCGCGAUAUGGGCAUAAAUCUGGAAGACGAAGAAAACGAACAAAUGAGAGCCGGCGAUUUCCAUUUGAUGUCGCAAAUGCCUCUGUCUGUUGGCGGCCAUUUUAAAUUCUCUUCGGAAAAACAAUGGGAGCAGGCAGAGAAUGAGGCUUUCCUUGAAAACACCGAAGCAAGUGAAUAUUUUACGCUUAAUCUGAAGCUAAUCAAUGUCGGUGUUCAAACGAUUCCCUUCUAUAAACGCAUGGAUUUUUCCGCAUCCAUGUUUACCAAUGAACAAUUGAUAGGUAUGGAAAAGUCUGCAGAGCUGGCCGAAAAGACUUAUCAGAAUGUUCUAAAGGAACAUAUUGAUAAUCCUCGAAUUCAAAUUAGUUCUGCUAGUCGUAGAACAAAUUCGGCUAAAAGUCAAAAGUCCCAAGCUUCCAAUGCUAAGAAGCCUGCAACAGAAGCUCCUGAUGAGCUGGAUGAACUAUUAAACAUGACUACAGAUCAGAUGUCAAAGGCCAGUGUACAGUCUGGUCGAAAUACACCAGCCACAAAUGCACCAUCUACACCGGGAAAUACUGUUAAGCCAUCCGGAGACAAUAAGGAUGAUAUACAGCAAUGGUUGGAUAAUGUUUUAGAAGAAUAAGUUGAAAAUGUGUAUAUUUGCCUUUUGUGGAUAAUUGUAAAUGAAGGAGAUAUAAAUAAAUAAGAAAAGAGUAGUA